AUGGCGAGGCCACGCCGGAUACUUAUACUGUUUAUGAUAUAUCUGUUUGGAUUUAUUAAUGGUGUAAAUGGGAAUGCUAAAUUAAUUGACCCUCCGAACAGAUCUUCUAUGUGGCGAUACGGAUUCGAUGUACCAGUCAACAAACAAGAUGGCUAUUUAAAUUGUGGAGGCAUUGUGGUAAGUACUCUACAGAAUAACCAAGGUCGAUGUGGGAUAUGCGGUGAUAAUUUUAGUGCUCAGAAGGAGAAUGAAUACGGAGGAAAAUACGGUACAGGAUUUAUUGGUAAAAACUACACUCAAGGAGAAACGGUUCCUUUUACUGUUCAAUUCGUUUUGGGCCGGCCUGGAAAUUUCCAAUUUCGAAUAUGUAAAUUAGAGUCGAAGAUGCAAGAAGCCACUCAAGAAUGCCUCAAUCGUACUACAUUGGCGACAGCAGAUGGUGCAACCAAACUAAAAAUUGCCUCAUCACCAAGAAAUAAAAAUGUAACAUUUGAUAUAGUUUUACCAACUGAUUUGAACUGUGAACGCUGUGUUUUACAAUGGACAUACACAACUUCGGUAGUCUAUGGUUGUGAUAAACAGAACAACUGCUGUUUUGGUUGUGGUAUACAAGAACGAUAUGUUAAUUGUGCUGAUAUUCGUAUUAAUCCAUCUCAGGCAGCACUUACCGCAGCAGCUAUGACUACUACUAAUGCCCCUCCAGAAGAUACAACUACUACUGUUCCACCUGGUAGUGUUGGAGGAUCUGCUCCCGUAUCUUCAAAUGUAAGCUUUAUUUCUCUGACCCCCCGACAGUUGGAAAUUAAAAAUGAGCAUUCCUGGCAAAAUGUCUCUCAUUGCACAUUACAUGGCGUCGCCGGUCUUCAUAAGCCAAGUGUACAGAAUAGUAGGACGUAA